CAAGUAACAUUGCAUUACGGACCUACGGACAUUUCGCCUACAUCGACCCUCGAUCGUACCGUCCUGGGCAUUAAAAGGACGCAAUAAAGGCACCAUCAUGUCUACAGCCAGACAUUCAACCGAUAACUCGGGCAAUAUCCAUGCCGGGUUGCAGUUGUUAUGCGAGGAUGCCCAAAGAGGCGUGGGGCCUAUUUUGGCUGCAAUGCUCAAUGGCAUGCAAACUGGCCCAGAAGCGCUGAAGACAAUAACGGAGUCUCUCCGCUCUAUGAUCAACAUUGCAUCGGACGAAGAUGCGCGCAAAGCAUUUGCUUUAGAUAAACAUCCAGUGCCUUUGUCUCUUUUGGACAAACCACGACAGAGAUUAGAAUGGCUAAUUCUCGCGAACUUAAUACCCCUUCUCGCCGUCCCGUCACUGGCAGGAAUUCAUCGUGAUUUCGUUAUUAGGGGCCUACAAGUGAUCAGGAAUUCUUUGUCCAUGUCAGAGGAAGGUAGUAUGUUUGUAACAGUGCCGAGCAUACCCCCCAGAAUACGUGCAUUUGAUAGAGCAAUAUUUGGGAUUGUACUUGAGAUAUGUGCAUUUGUAAGGCAGAAAGACGUGGUUUUCCCGUGCGAUUGUCCCAUCAAAAUGUCGACUUUCAGACGCUUGCCUUGCCAGGAGUCUGACCCAACGUGGAUGACGUUACGGCUCGGGAGCCUAGACGACGCUAUUACAGUCAUAUGCUAUCUGAUCUCUUUCGUCAGCCCUAAAAGUGACUCAACUGGCUGGCCGAUAAACAAAGCUGAUGAAGACUUAAAGAUGGAGCUGCUGGCAGUCGUCCGUCUCCUUCUUGAGACUUUUCUUCCAAAUGGGUUUAUUGCACAGAAAGAUCUGAAUGGUCAUCGCACAUUAACCAUGGGCUCUGCACCAAUUAUGCAGUUAUACCAAGUGUGCAGCCAUUGCGUUCUUCAAACAAUUCAACUCAUAAAUAUAGAUUCACGCUUGGUUCCAUCUUUAGCGAGGUCUCUUAUGGUCAUUUUACAUCAUCAUGUCACAACAGUUGCGGAUCGAUGUAAUGAAUGGAAAAUAGGGAUUGUCAAUCGACAACAGACAUUAAAGGUCAAGGUUGAAGGCGAUGCUUCGCUCACCAAGGAUUUAGAACCACGAGCUAUUAAUUACAAGGACUGUCGGAAGGAAUUACCAGCGAUGGCAGCGCUUGAGGAUCUUCUUGCCAAGAGCUUGACUGAAGUUCUAAGUCGUGCAUUUGAAUUAUUUCCAGAUACAGGCAACAUUCAAGAAAUACGGCCGCUGGCGGUUAAUCUACUCUUUUCUGAUCAGCUACUUUUGUUAAGUGAGGAUGCAAGCGGCGUGAGGGUGCAGGUAAGUUGAGGAACGAUUGUUAGCAAAAUAAAUAUAAGCUAACAAAAACAUUAAGUUUGAAUAAAAUAAAUGGCCAAAUGUCUGACCUUAUUGCCUGACUGCUGCCAUAGCGAGUACUCUUCUUACUGUUACAUAGAUUGAUACCAUCAGGUGCAUUUAGUGACCCGUUGGGAGCAGUUGAUUACAUUUUAAAGCAUUUUCAGCAUUUGGAAUUAGACAUAUUAGUCCGAGUUAUCUUCUCGGCUCU